GCCUCAAUGCAGGGCGGGCGGGACCCCGGCCCUCGGCGGCUGCCGUCCCCCCUCAACCCGGGGUCGAGAUGCCCGGACGGGAGGGCGGCGAGCGGCGCAGGCGCGGCGAGCCAGUGCGCCUGCGCAGGCUACUCCAGGCCGCUGGUGCUGUCCGGCCUUGGGCCCGCGAAGUCGCCCGCCUGAUGGAGCGGGUCGCGGCGCGGUGACAGCCUCCGGCCAGUAGUGACAGCCUCAGGAGACCAGGGGAAGUGGGUGCUUUGUGCCGUGUUGCCUCAGCGCCCUGCAGUCCCGCGUCACUCGGGGGCGCCGGGCCCGCCUGUGGCGAAGGAAGGCCCGCGUGCGCCAGCGCGGUGGGAAAGGAUUCUUGGGGCCAAGCCAGAAAGACCUGGCAGGCUGUAAUGUGAUAGGACUCGGCCAGUUUCUACCCUAGGUAUGGACCUCUUUGCUCAUGUAAUGGGAUGAAGUAAGGAAGAGAUGUGGAAAGCCAAGCAGCAAACUUGCACCCUGCACUUAUGUCUGUUAUAGGAAGAGAUGGAAUAUUUUAUUUGCCUUUUAUAUGUACAUACAUAUGUGUUGUGUGUUUGGGUUACUUUCCUUGGGCGUGUUUCCUGGGAAGCACUGGAGAGGAUGAGCUUCCAGAAGCUGAGAGGUGCUAGGCUCCCAGAGAACUCAGUGACUAUUACCUGAGGGCCUGGGAUCUGACACCAGCCCAGGACACCCAGUAAUGAGGUACGGUCCUUAGCCAAGGUUGUUGCAGCCAGUCCUGAACUUGGGGUGACGUCCCUACGGGGAUCACAGUGAUGAGCCCAGCUGUAACCGGCCUUUGGAACAGCCGGGACAUAUGCCCUUGAGAGCAGAAACCCAGGAAUCUGCAGAGCAGUUUUCAAGGCCACAGCCUUUCCAGGCCUUAAAACUACAAAUUAUUGACUGGAAAAGGCAACACCAUGUUGACAGCGCCUGACAUGGCUGCGAUCGGGGAAAGACCUUAUUCCUGCAGCGAGUGUAGCAAGAGCUUUCGGUAUAGUGCAGUGCUGCUGAGGCAUCAAUGCGCCCAUGGUGGUGACCAGCGUUUCCGCUGUCUCGAGUGUGGUGAACGCUGUGCUGGAGUCGCCGAUCUUCGUGCACAUAGGCGGACUCACGCUGGCCAGACCCUCUACAUCUGCACCGAGUGUGGCCAGAGCUUCAGUCAGAGCACCCUGCUGGACCUGCACCUGGGCACACACCGAAGGCGCAGCCGCAACUGCCCGUGCCGCCUCUGUGGCCGCCGCUUCCCGCACGUCCCCGCACUGCUGCUGCAUCGGCUGCGCCAGCACCCACCUGAGAAGCCCGAGUGCUGCCCGCUGUGCGCCCGCUCCUUUCGGCAGAGCGCUCUUCCCUUCCACCUGGCACGGGCGCACCCCCCAGAGACCACCCCCGCCACCGCCCCUUCCCCCAGCGCGCUCUACCACUGUACGCAGUGCCCGCGGGCCUUCCAUAGCAGUGCUGGGCUGCGGAACCAUUCCCGCAUCCACGUGGUCCCCAGCCUCGGCGACCCCGGCGCUGAGGCCCACCAGUGCGGCGUGUGUGGAAAGAGCUUCAGCAAGAGUUCCACGCUCACGCGACACCUGCAGAGGCACUCUGGGGAAAAGCCUUUCAAGUGCCCCGAGUGCGGCAAGGGCUUCUUGGAGAGUGCCACGCUAGUGCGGCACAAGCGAACGCACACCGGAGAGAAGCCAUAUGCAUGUAGCGACUGUGGACGCUGCUUCAGCGAGAGCUCCACGCUGCUGCGCCAUCAGCGCAGCCACCAGGGCGAGCGGCCGCACGUGUGUGACACUUGCGGCAAGGGCUUUGGACAGCGAUACGAUCUUGUAGUGCACCAGCGCAGUCACACAGGGGAGAGGCCCUUCCCUUGCCCGGAGUGUGGCCGGGGUUUCACAGACCGCUCGGACCUCACCAAACACCUGCGUACACACACCGGGGAAAAGCCCUACCACUGUGAGCUGUGUGGCAAGCGAUUCACCUGCAUCUCCAACCUCAACGUGCAUUUGCGCAACCAUGCAGGCCAUAAGCCACACAAGUGCCCAGAGUGUGGCAAAUCCUUCAGUGUUGCCUCCAAACUUGCACUACACAAAAAGACACACCUAGGUGAGCGGACAGCGGAGUGCACGGAGUGUGGCAAAUUUUUUAGCCAUGGGCGGUCCCUGUCACAGCACCAGCGGUCCCACAGACGUGCUCGAGCAGCUGCAAUGGCAGCCACUACCACUGUGGUCACUGAGGUGACAAUAGGUCCCCCCCUUAGCCUCCCAAGGCCAAGAGAACAGGAGAAACCAGGGCUCUUAGUCUCUCCAUUUCAGGAGACUUGCUAAGAUGGCUCCACGAGGUGGCUGGGUCAGUCCAGAGGAAAAGGGCAGCUCAGAUGGUUUGGGAAGCCAGACCUGCUGCUCCUGCAUUGUUGCUAGCUGUUCACCUAGCUUGCCUUGUCUCUGGACAGAAAUCCUCAUCAGCUCUUCCAUUAUCCAUCCUUGUAUCCCCCAACUCUGAAUACUAGGAGUCAAGAGAACCAACACCACACCCUACCAAGACAGCCAGGUGUCUGAGUUCUGCUGCUGCCGUUCUACUCUCUUGUUGGUAUGGGCCUGAUCUAUCUUUACUGUCUUUUCAAGCAACACAUUUGGUUGGUGAGGUCUCUUGCUUGAGACAAGUAGUUGCAGAGGUAACAUACAGGCAGUGGAAAGGCUGGCCUCAUUAAAGGACCAAGAUCUGUGGCAAGUUACUCCCUUGCAGAGGUAACCAGCCUACACUAAAGUAGGCAGAGUCCUUAGCCUGGCCAUCCAUGUCCUUUGACAAGAUGCCUCUUAGGACCCAGCAAGAUGGUUCAGCAGUUACCUGCGGGCAACUGAAUUUGGUCCCUUGUAUACACAUAUGUACUGUGGUACAUGUGCAUACACAAAGAAGUUAAAUUUUUUUUUCAAUAAAUGACUUUUAGAACAGCUUUCUCUAGCCAGGUAGGAAAUGUUCACUUUGGGAUGCCGCCCAAGACUGUGUGGGUCCAUAAAGCCCAGUGAUCCCGUGUGAAACAAAAUAUUUCCAGAUGAAGCUACAAAGCCUGAGAAAACAUGUUCCCUGAAGUUCUGGGCAAGGGCAGAAUGUAAGCCUGGAACUGGUCAGUGACUGCUUAUAGCUGGUAAAAUUGUUACUUGCUUGUUUGUGACACCAAGAGCCCCUUUGUCAAAACAAUUUCCAAGUUCUCA